CCCCGCCCCGCCCCGCCUAGCCCUCGUUGGAGCCCGGGGCUCUGCGGGGCUCAGUGCGCGGCAGGCGGCUCGGGAUGGCAGCGCAGCGGCUGGGCAAGCGCGUGCUGAGUAAGCUGCAGUCCCCGUCGCGAGCCCGCGGGCCGGGGGGCAGCCCCGGGGGGCUGCAGAAGCGACACGCACGCGUCACCGUCAAGUACGACCGGCGGGAGCUUCAGCGGCGGCUGGACGUGGAAAAGUGGAUCGACGGGCAACUGGAGGAGCUGUACCGCGGCAGGGAGGCAGAUAUGCCUGAUGAGGUCAACAUUGAUGAGCUUCUGGAGCUAGAGAGUGAAGAGGAGCGAAGCCGGAAGAUCCAGGGCCUCCUGAUGUCUUGCACGAACCCCACAGAGCACCCAUCCUGUCCUCAGGACUUCAUCCAGGAGCUACUGGCCAAGUUGCGAGGCCUCCACAAGCAGCCAGGCCUCCACCAGCCCAGCCCCUCCGACGACGGCAGCCCGAGCCCCCGAUAGGACCACUGUGGCCUCUGUGACCCUCGGCUUUCCCCAGCCCCCGGCUUAUGUAUGUGUUGUAUUUAAUGGUCUAUAACAGUGA